CCUAUGACGUAUUUUACGUAAAGUCGCCGAGUGCUCACGUUAGCUAGCAUUAUCAUUGUUAGUGAAAGAGGAGGGUAAUAUGUAUUACAGGAUCAGAUAAUUUUUAUUCAAGUGUAUCCGCUGUAAACGUUUUGGUGUUGUUAUUUACAUACACAGUUACAGUUUGGACGAAAAUGAGCGAUUGGUCAGAUUCACUGACGAAAGAGGGCUGGCACCUCAGUGAUGAAGGCAUAGCAGAACUCAAAGGAUCUGCUGGAAACAUAACAUCCAAUGACAUCAUUCGUAUUGCACUAGAUAGUGAUCUUCGACCAAUUGGGAAAAAAAAUCUUCCGUGUGAUAUCAAUAGUGGAAGAACUGAGACAUUGGAGGGUCCAUGUGUUCUCCAGUUGCAGAAGGUGAGAAACAUUUCAGCUCCUAAAGACCAUGAAGAGUCCCAGGGUGCGCCGAGGAUGCUGCGCCUACAAAUGACAGAUGGCCAUACCACCUGUGUUGGAUUGGAGUUUAAACACCUGUCUAAAAUCAGUCUAAAUACUCCACCUGGGACAAAGGUGAAGCUCAUCGGUACGGUCCAAGUUAAAAAUGGUGUUUUGCUGCUUGAUGACUCAAACAUUUUGGUCCUUGGAGGAGAGGUUGAUCACAUGAUAGAGAAAUGGGAACUACAGAGGAGUCUGGCAAAACACAACAGGAGUAACAUUGGAGCAGAAGGCGGACCGCCUCCCUUUGUGCCAUUUGGUCAGAAAUGUUCAAGGAAGGAUGAAGUAGACAGCAGAGAGCUGGACCAGAGGAAGACUCUCCAGACUCACAGUGUGCUUAAAAGUCCUGAUGAAAAUGAUGAAUUUGAAAAGCAGCGAACAGCCGCUAUUGCUGAAGUGGCCAAGACCAAAGAGGGUCCCCGCACAUUUGGGGGAGGAGGAAAUGCAGGCAGUAAUUUGUCCAGUGCUGCUUCCUCCCGGAGCCGAGACUCUUACCAACAGCGAAGACGAGAAGACAGAGUGGAGAGAAAUGACAGCAGACAAGACGGAAACUACAGAGAGCUGGUGGAUGAACGUGCCCUGAGAGACAUCAUGGAGAUGGGCUUCAACAGGGAGGCUGCUCGCCAGGCUCUGAUGGACAACAACAACAACCUUGAAGUGGCACUAAACAGCCUACUGACUGGAUCUUAUAGUAGCAGACCUGGCCAUGCUGCAGCCGAACCUAGCAAGCCACAACCCAGAGCUAGAGGAAAAGGAAGGGGCAGGUCCAGAAAUGAAGAGGACGAGGAGAGAGCAGGAGGAAGACCGUCUGGACCAAGCACCCUGUUUGACUUCCUAGAAUCCAAGAUGGGAGUUCUCUCCAUUGAUGAGUCAAAGAGCCAGGCACAUCAGAGACAUCAUGAGAGUAAAGCGAAUUUCUCCAACUCAGAUUAUUUCUCCAAAGAAACACCUCAGACUAAGUUCUCUUCACAUAACGACCACAGACAACAACGCAAUGAGAGACCACCUCGUUUCCACAGAGAAACUGAUUUUCCCAAACCCGGCCAGGAGCCUCUCUCUAACUGUUCAACCUCCCAAACAUCAGCUCAACCCCAGCAGUGGAAGGGCCAGGAGAGAUGGUCAAGAGGACCAGUAGACAGAUUGCAAAAUGACCGGAGAGACAUGCAAAAUGAUCAGGUCCUCCCUCCUCCUUUCACUACAACUUUCACCCGUUCAAAAGAACCUCAGCAGCUGAUGGAGUUUAGCUGCUCUUAUCCCCAGCGAUCCAGAAAUGGAGAUGGCGGCGUUGGAAACAUGGCUGCACCAUCUCACAGGAGAAGUGUACGAGACAGUGGACCUACAUCUAAGCCGGCUAAUUUACCAGGUAGUGAGCUGGAGGGAAGAGGACAAAACAAACGUACUGACAGAACUGAAGAACCUAACAACAGCAGGAGGAAGGGCAAGAGUCCGAACUCAGAAUGCUUUGACCGACAAAAGGAAAGUGGCUUAACAAACUGGAGGGGAGGAAGCUCAGGGACAUGCCAGGAAGUAGGUUUAUCACAUGAUUCCCAAGUCACGACAGGGGAUUCUUCACACUUCCAAAAUGGAGAUAUGGAACACAAACGAACUGGGCCAAUCAAGCCAACAAACUCAUCAUUCCCCCCCAACAGGGAGCCGCCCCCCAAGAAAAACACUACUAAUAACGCAGGACCUAAACGAAGAACAGGACAAAUCAAAGGUCAAGGUCCUCGAGGACCAGAGAAAGGUCAUGUGGUGGAACACACAUGGAAACCAGGUGACCCGUGCCUGGCUUUGUACUGGGAAGACAGCAAGUUCUACCAUGCUAGAAUAGAUGCUGUGCAUCCGUCAGGCUCCACGGCUGUGGUCGUUUUUAGCGAUUAUGGGAACUGCGAAGAGGUUCUGCUGCAUAACAUCAAACCCGUUCCUGCUGAUGUAUUGGAGGAAGAUGAUGGCUACUAUGACAGUUCGCUAGAAUUUCGCCGAGGGGGAGAUGGACAGCCGAGACGCACAAGACCUACACAACAAUAUUAUCAGCCACCCAGGGCACGAGAUUGAUGGCUCGGCCUUUGCAAUGGCAGUGAGCUUUUCUAACGUCCUUCACCUGUGGAGAUGGUGUCGCUGUCUGCAACAAUCCAGAGUGCUUCCUGAAUUUCUGUGUGUCCACACUGUCGGGACGUACUGAACCUUCCAAAGGGCUUGGACACCAUGCAAAAAGAACUAACAUGAUCUCAUGUUUGGGUUUUGGGGUGUUUUUGUCAAGGACAUGUCUACUGUAUAUGCUGUGAAGUUGUUUAAUGGAUGCAUAAUAAUAAACAGCUAUUAUAGUACGUAGUGGA